CCUGACUAUGUCCCCUCUUCCCACAGCGGGCUGACCCGAGAGGCACACAGCAAGGAGGUGGAGCAGGUGUACCUACGCUGCUCAGCAGGCUCUGUGGAGUGGAUGUACCCAACCGGGGCCCUCAUUGUAAACCUGCGGCCCAACACCUUCUCACCUACCAGGAACUUCACUGUGUGCAUCAAGCCUUUCAGGGACUCCUCUGGGGCCAAUAUUUAUUUGGAAAAAACUGGAGAACUGAGAUUGUUGGUACGGGACCUCGGUGGUGAGCCUGGCCAGGUGCAGUGCUUCAGCCUAGAGCGGGGUGGUCUGUUUGUAGAGGCAACACCCCAACAGGACAUCAGCAGGAGGACCACAGGCUUCCAGUAUGAGCUGAUGAGUGGGCAGAGGGGACUGGACCUGCAUGUGCUGUCUGCCCCAUGUCGACCUUGCAGUGAUACUGAGGUCCUCCUUGCCAUCUGCACCAGUGACUUUGUUGUCCAAGGCUUCAUCCAGGAUGUCACCCAUGUGCCAGAGCAGCAAGCAUCAGUCAUCUACCUGCGGGUGAGCAGGCUUCACCGUCAGAAGAUCAGGGUCUUCCAGCCAGCUCCUGAGGGCAGUGGCCACUGGCUGGGCCAUGUCACAACACUGCUGGAGUGUGGUGUACGGCCAGGACAUGGGGAAUUCCUCUUCACUGGACAUGUGCACUUUGGGGAGGCACAGCUUGGAUGUGCCCCACGCUUUAGUGACUUUCAAAGGAUGUACAGGAAUGCAGAAGAGAGGGGCAUAAAUCCUUGUGAGAUCAAUAUGGAGUGACUUGCUGGGUGACAUGGUACUGUUCUUCAAAUGAGCCACAAUUUGAGUCCUCGGUUGCUCUAUCAAAUCCCGAUAGAGGCUGCAGGGUGGUGGCAUGGGUCCAGCCUGGUGCUUGAACUGGGAAGGUACAUGCUGGGUCUCAGCCGAGAAUGCCCUGACCCAUUGGAAAUGCUGUAAAAUGCAAACUAAGUUAUUAUAUUUUUUGUAAAAAAAAAAUGUCCAUAGGAAACAAACUAUUGUGUCUGAGGAUACCUUUGGUAUGCCAUUUAAUAGUGUUUUUAGAAAAUUGACUUUAGCCAUUGCAUUUGGUCUGAUAUAUUGGUGGGAGCUAGGUUGUGGAGACUAUGGGGCUUCCAUGGUUAUCACUCAACCUUGUUAUUCUUGUGAUAGAAAUGUAUGGAACCAAUACUU